GAGCUACUCACCUGUUGUGAAGAGGGUAAAGGUGAGAUUAAAGAUGGCUUGGAAGUUAUGCUUAGUGUACCAAAGCGAGCCAACGAUGCCAUGCAUCUCAGUAUGCUGGAAGGUUUUGAUGAGAACAUUGAAUCUCAGGGAGAACUUAUACUUCAGGAAUCCUUCCAAGUGUGGGAUCCAAAAACUCUCAUCCGGAAAGGGCGUGAAAGACAUCUCUUUCUUUUUGAGAUGUCACUUGUCUUUAGUAAAGAAGUGAAAGACUCUAGUGGAAGAAGUAAAUACAUUUACAAGAGCAAGUUGUUUACUUCUGAGCUGGGUGUCACAGAGCAUGUAGAAGGAGAUCCCUGUAAAUUUGCACUGUGGGUUGGAAGAACUCCUACGUCAGACAAUAAAAUUGUGCUAAAGUUAUCUGGUGGUUGUGAGCUGACAGUGGUCAUCCAUGACUUUACAGCAUGCAACAGCAAUGAACUCACAAUCCGUCGUGGUCAGACAGUAGAAGUGCUGGAGAGACCUCAUGAUAAACCUGACUGGUGUCUGGAGUAG